AUGGAGAAAUUUGAAGAAAUAAUUCGUUAUUAUGCCUUCAAAAACUUCAUAGACCUUCCGUCACUUCCUAUAUUUACGCAACUUCUUAAACAUGGCGAAACACAACCUAUGCAAAAAACCGCAAUUGUGGAUAUAAAAUCAAACGCUUCUCGUUCUUAUCGAGAUCUUGUUUCUGAUAUAUCAUCAUUUAGAAGUAAAUUAUUAAAAGAAUCUUUUAAUCAUGAUUUAAAUGAGAAACGUGUGGCAUUUUUAUGUCCAAGUGGAUAUGAUUAUGUCGUUUCUCAAUGGUCAAUUUGGUCAGCUGGAGGAAUUUCUGUUCCCUUAUGUACAACACAUCCGCAAUCUGAACUUUUAUACGUAUUAAAGGAUUCGCAAGCAUCCACAGUUAUUGCACAUCCGGACUUUUAUGAUAAAAUAAAAGAUGUGGUCAAAGAUGCAGGAAUAAAUAAUCUCAUGAUAGUCGGAGAUAAAGGUCAAAGAUAUAGCGAUUAUGAUGGAAUGAAUUAUAAGCCCCCAUCCAUAAUUCCGAUGAAAGAAUCACGUAGAGCUUUAAUUAUAUAUACUAGUGGAACUACAGGAAAGCCGAAAGGAGUGGUAUUAACUCAUUCCAACAUUAUGGCUCAAGUUUUACCACUUAUUGAAAUUUGGAGAUGGAGUGAUAAAGAUAGGAUAUUACAUGUGUUGCCUUUACAUCAUAUGCAUGGAAUAUUAAAUGCACUUACAUGCGCGAUUUAUGCGGGAGCAACUGUUGAAAUGUCACCAAAAUUUGACGCAGCCAAAGUAUGGGAUAGAUGGAUGAGUCCCGAAAGAAAUCUUUCUUUAUUCAUGGCUGUUCCCACAAUUUACUCAAAAUUGAUUCAGCAUUAUAAGAAUAAUAUUCCUGAUGAAUUAAAACCUAAAGCAACAGAAUCUUUUUCACAGUUUAGAUUAAUGAUUUCGGGAUCAGCUGCUUUACCUCGUCCAAUUAGAAAUACUUGGAAAGAAAUUAGUGGAGGACAAAUACUUUUAGAAAGAUAUGGAAUGAGUGAAAUUGGUAUGGCAUUAAGUCAUGAAUAUGAGGAAAACAAAAGAUUUGAGGGAUGUGUUGGGUCUCCUUUACCAGGAGUUCAGAUAAGAUUAAUUUCUGAAGAUGGGAAAAAUGUUACUAAUUUAAAUGAGGUACCAGGGGAAAUCCAAGUUAAAGGAUUAAAUGUAUUUAAAGAAUAUUGGAACAAACCCGAAGCUACACAAAAAGAAUUUACACAAGAUGGAUGGUUUAAAACUGGUGAUAUAGCAAUUAGAACUAAAAAAGAAAAUGUAUUCAAAAUACUUGGAAGAAGUAGUGUUGAUAUUAUUAAAUCCGGAGGGUAUAAAAUUUCUGCAUUGGAAAUUGAAAGAGAACUAUUAUCACAUCCAAAUAUAUUAGACGUUUGUGUUUUAGGAGUCGAAGAUUUAGAAUGGGGACAAAAGAUUGGUGCUAUAGUUGUAUUACAAAAUAAGGAAUUGAAGAUGGAUUUAAAAGUGUUGAAAGAAUUUUCCAAGGGUAAAUUGGCCAAUUAUAAAAUUCCUAGUUUGUUAAAAGUUAUAGAAGGAAUACCCAAGAAUGCUAUGGGGAAAGUAAAUAAGAAAGAGUUGGUUAAGUUAUUUAAACAAUAA